AGUUUCAGAGAUGGCCGAUAGAAAGGGCAGCAGCGGCGUCAGCUCUCGUCUGAGCGUCAGGAGGAAGGAAAAGGCAGAAAAUGAUGCCAAGAAAGAGGAGAAAAGCCCAACAGAAGCGGAGAAACCCGAAGUGAACGGGAAAGAAGUGCCGAUGGAGAACGGAGAGGCCGGAGCUGCUGCUGCAGACGGAGAAAAACCAGAACCUAUAGAGCUGCCGCCAUUCGAGACCAUCACAGGGGAUCGCAUGGACCCGUUUUUCUUCAAGUUCCAGUUCAAGAACGUGGAGUACUCGUCCGGCCGGAAUAAAACCUUCCUGUGUUACCUGGUGGACCACGGCGGCGAAGGCCUGAUGAGGGGCUACAUUGAGGACGAGCACGCUGGCGGACACGCAGAGGAAGCCUUUUUCCAGCAGAUCCUGACCAACUACGACCCGGCCUGCAAAUACACCAUCACCUGGUACAUGUCCUCCAGUCCCUGCGCCAACUGCGCAACCAAGCUGGCGGAGAUCCUGCGCUCCAGGAAGAACAUCCGGCUGGCCAUCUUUUCGUCGCGGCUGUUCGAGUGGGAGGAGCCUGAGAUCCAGGCAGGGCUGAAGCUACUAGCGUCCGUCGGCUGCAAACUGCGCAUGAUGAAGCCGCUGGAUUUCACCUACACCUGGGACACGUUCGUGGAGAGCGACGAACAGCAGUUCACACCCUGGGAGGACUGUCAGGAGAACUACGAGUACUACCAGGACAAACUGGCCGACAUCCUGCAGUGAUGAUGAUGAAGCUAGUCGACGCACACACUUGGAAGAGCGUGUUUGUGUAUGUGAGAGGAACCUGAUUCAUUGAAUACUUGUAUGAUUAAGAGAGUUUAUACUUUAUAAUUAAUGUUUGAGUUAAUCACAUCUUUGUUUACGUUUUGUUCAUGUUUACUUGUCUGUGAUGGACACGUUUCAUAUUUCAUUUUUCAUUUCAUAUUUUAUUGUUUAUUUUGCAACACAGAGGUUUUUCUUUGACUACAAGAACAACAAAGUACAUCACAUCGAAAACAAUUGCGCUGAAAAUCUCUGUGUUCAUGUCAUCUGAAUGUAGCUACUGUUUUCAUUUAAUGUAUUUGAUUUGUUUUCAGUAUCAAGACAGAUAUAAGAUGGGAAAACUCGCAUAUUACACAAAAUUAAGGAGGAUUUUGAGCAAUUUCAGUUUUAUUUAUGAUUUUAUACUCAUCGCACUCUUUCAUACUGUGAAUUAAUCAGGUAGUUUUGUUAUAAUAGCUACAAACUCAACUGUAAACACCGUUCCUGCUGCUGCAUAUAAAUUACAUUUGUGGAAGCAAUAAACCAUAAACAACCUUCACUAUUUU